AUGGGGGCAAGUUUCCUAACUGGCCUAACAUACUCACCAGAACUCAUCCCCAUCUCAGAUGCCAUUCACUUUGAGCUUCUCACCAAAAUCACUCCACAAUCCGAUGCCAUCACAAUCCUGCGGACGGUUGACAGUUGGCUGCAGAGUAUGCCUGAGGGAAUGUGGGCUAACUGGGUCAUUGGUAACCACGACAACCCUAGGGUGCCAAACGUUUCGGCGCGGAAAUGACAGACGCGUUCAACAUGUGGUAACC